AUGCCGGCCGCCGAAGCAUCCCCCGUCGCAUCUUCCGAUUCCGGUUUUGUCAUGAUGGAAGACCGGAAGAGAGCCGCUGCCUAUGAUCACAAUGAUUCGGCUCCACCAUUGAAGAAGCAAGCGACUUCGGUCAAUGGUGGCAGCAAGCCGCACCCUGACGCUGAUAUGCCUUGGAAAGACGACCUGGAGCGAUUCCAGAAAGACGCAAUAUGGCGCCAGAUGCAGGAGUACAAGCGCGAGAAAGUGUCACUCGAGGCCAAGCUGAAGGAAACGUCCAAGGCCACCGCCUACCACAAUGACCACCUUCGUAUUAUCGAUACCUGGUACAAGCAAUUGGUCGACGAGGUCAAAUUGCUCCUGGGCGCUGCCGAAGAGGAUGCCAAGGAACGCCCGGCCUUCGAAAGCAGUCUGCUCUUUGAGGAUGCCACUGCUUUCGAAAAGCACCUCAAGUCCCGUUCCGAGGACAUCCGCCAAGUUAUUUCCAGCCUGAAGUCCCAACCCUCCAAGGCUUCACCUGAUCUUUCGGAUUUACAGAGCCAGCUCGCCAAGGCGCUGGCCCAGGAGAAAGCCACCAUCGUUGAAUUAGAGAAAGCCCUGUCUGAAAAACAGCAACUGGAAGAAAGCCUAGAAGAAGCCUCCUUGCGGUACAUGGUAGCUGAGAAGAAGCUCGAUCGUGCACGGAGCUUGACUGUUGCCAAACUAGAGAAGCAGUAUAUCUUAGGUGCACAGCGCCCUGGUGGCGACAGUGCGUCGGGACCUCGAGAAGAAGUGGCUGCUUCCAACGGUGCGACUCCUAGCGGUGAGCGGAGCCCUGCAUUGGAGGAGGCACACAACAAGCUUGUGGCCGUGUCGGAAAAGCAGAAGGAGCAGCUGCAGAAACUGGAGAGCGAAAAUGCCAAAUUACUGAGUCAAAUAACCGAACUAAAUAUAAAGCAUUCACGACUGACUGACGAUGACUACGCGCAUACGGACUUGUUCAAGCAAUUGAAAUCCCAGUACGAUGAUGUUGUUACUCGAAUCAAUCACCUGGAAGCAACCAAUGUGCAAUUACGCGAAGAGGCGGCGAAAUUCCGAUCGGAACGAACGGCAUACCGCAAUCAGGUCGAUGAGGAGACACAGAAUGCGAUCGCCGAGAAGGAGGCGCAAUUGAUGCGAGCAGAAACGGAUCUAGCACGGAUACGCAACGCACGCGACGAACUUUUGGCGGACCAGCAAAUUCGCAAGGCAGCGCAGGAACAGGAAAAGACUGCGGCUGCCAAGGUGCAAGAACUUGCAGAUGCUGGGCAGGCUCGGAUUGCGGCUCUGGAAUCGGAGGUGGAGAGGUUGCGCAUGGAGGUUGGGAAUGGCGUUUCGUCCAAAAGUGCCGAUGAGAUCUCGACCGACGAGUUGCGUACCAAGUUCAGUAACCUGGAGCGUCAGUAUUCGAUGCUCAACACCGAACUCGCAUCGAUGCAAAUCGCCUGCAAGAAAUACUCGUCCUUGGCGUCGCAGAAAGUCACCGAUUUCAGUGCUUUGGAAGAGAAGGUUGCCCGACUUAUUGCCGAGAAAUCCAAGGCCGACCAGAAGUAUUUUGCUGCCAUGAAAAGCAAGGAGGCCCGAGAAUUGGAGGUUCGCACGCUGCGCAUGCAGAAUUCCAAGACUUCGGACAUCGUAUCGCAGCUGAAGGAAUCCGAGGCCGCCACCCGUUCUCUCCUCGCGAAUAUGGAAAAACAAGUCAGCGAGACCAAGGAAGCAUUAAACUCGAUGAUGAGCAAGAAUUACGCCGCCCAACAACAAGUGACGGAGAAGAAUAUCACGAUCGAGGGCUUGAAUCGGCAAGUGGCCGAACUCAAGGCGUUGUCAACUUCCAAGGAUUCGACGUUGGCCAGUGCCUCGAGUGCGUGUCGUCAAGCGGAAACGGAGGUGGAGGGCUUGAAGGCCACACUUGCCGAUACCAAGAAGAGCUUGGAAAACUGGAAAAACAAGAGUCUCGGAAACUCGUCUUCUGAAUACGAAAUGUUAAGGACUCUCGCACUUUGCACGGUUUGUCGUCGGAAUUUCAAGAACACGGCGAUCAAGACUUGCGGCCAUGUGUUCUGCAAAGAAUGCGUGGAAGAGCGCCUCACUUCUCGAUCCCGGAAGUGUCCCAACUGCAACAAAUCUUUCGGAAACAACGAUUACAUGCAUAUCACCCUGUGA